GGACAAUGGAGACCGAUCCAGGCAUCGAGCUCCCCGGAAUGCCCGCAUGUCUGCACCAUCGCUGGGGCGCUUCGUCCCAAGACGCUUCUUGCUGCCAGAAUACUUGCCUUAUGCUGGGAUUUUCCAUGAACGGGGACAGCCUGGCUUGGCCACUCAUUCCUCUGUCAACAGAGUUUUAGCAGGUGCUGUGAUUGGGGAUGGACAGUCAGCUGUGGCCAGCAACAUUGCCAACACCACCUACCGGCUCCAGUGGUGGGAUUUCACCAAAUUUGAUCUGCCUGAAAUCAGCAAUGCCUCUGUGAAUGUGCUUGUUCAAAACUGCAAGAUUUACAACGAUGCUAGCUGCGAUAUCUCUGCUGAUGGGCAGCUGCUGGCAGCCUUCAUUCCCAGCAGUCAAAGAGGCUUCCCUGAUGAAGGAAUACUGGCUGUGUAUUCUCUGGCACCUCAUAACUUGGGCGAGAUGCUUUACACAAAGCGAUUUGGCCCUAAUGCCAUUUCUGUGAGCCUGUCUCCAAUGGGCAGGUAUGUAAUGGUGGGACUGGCUUCCCGACGUAUCCUGUUGCACCCCUCCACAGAACACAUGGUUGCUCAAGUCUUCAGACUGCAACAGCCCCAUGGUGGAGAAACCUCUAUGAGGAGAGUUUUCAACGUUCUGUACCCAAUGCCUGCCGACCAGAGAAGACACGUCAGCAUAAACUCUGCUCGCUGGCUGCCUGAGCCAGGCCUGGGAUUGGCAUAUGGCACCAACAAAGGGGACCUGGUGAUUUGCCGACCAGAGGCCUUAAACUCUGGAGUUGAGUACCACUGGGACCAGCUGAAUGAGAAUGUCUUCACUGUGCAUUCCAGCAGCAGGAGCACCGAGCGGCCUGGAACCAGCAGAGCCACAUGGAGGACAGACAGGGACAUGGGCCUGAUGAAUGCCAUAGGCCUGCAACCCCGAAACCCCCCCACCGAGACUCAGACAGAGAGGGAGGUACAGGAGCAGGAAUCCGCCUCUGCAGGGACUGGGGAAGGUGAAGGUCCAGAAUAUGGGGCCGGUGGAGAGGAUGCCCUGAGUAGGAUCCAAAGGCUGAUGGCAGAAGGUGGCAUGACUGCUGUGGUCCAGCGGGAGCAGAGCACCACCAUGGCGUCCAUGGGCGGCUUUGGCAACAACAUCAUUGUGAGCCACCGGAUCCACCGCAGCUCUCAGACAGGUGCAGAGUCCACCGGAGCUGAGGGCGCAUCAGCACAGCAGUCCACCUCGCAGCAGCUGGCAGCUGAGCUGGAGGGACGGAUCCUUUCGGAGUCUAUGCAGCUGUCAGAGCACGGUCUGAGCCCGCGGACAGGCCCUAGCGGGAGCGAAGGACAAAGCGCUGGUGAUCUGGACCUGCCAGAGCAGGCCCAGUCCUCCAUGGACACUGAGGGACCAAUUGAAUACAGUGACCUAACUAAUAAUAACCAUCUUCCUGACAGUACCAACUUCUAUAGUAAUGACAGCACCAGUGGGGAGUCGCGGAACAGGUAGAGAUGAGUUGUGUGUUGGUGCUACCCUUGUACUGCUCAGCAGAGACCUGUACCUCACAGCUGGCCAGGAGCUGGAAGAGUAGAGACGGGUGGCUCUGACGGGAUGCUGGUGGUUUAGAGGGCUUCUCUGUUGUGGGUGAGUGGGAAGGGAUAAGAACUUCAAGGGAAGCCAUGGGGAAGAAAGCGUACUUAACUUCUCACAUUCCCGCUGCUGAAGAGUUAACAGGAAUAUGAACCAUACUGGCUGCACCUCAUGCAGAUUUUGAAGCCCCAUGGGAUCCCUUGAGCUCAGCCUUAAGCCUGCAAUUCGGUCAGUGUCAUCCUUUGUAGAGCUUCUUUCCUUUCCUCUUUCCUGCCCUUUUAUGCCCAGGGGCUAAUCAGUAGAGCGAAAAAGGGAAAGGGGCUUGCAGCAUCCUUCUGGAGACAGGCAGUCCUACCAGGCGAACCUGGGCGUGAUGCUCCGGCUCUUGCUGGAGUGGAGGAGUCUUCCAGUCCACAGUCCUGCUCCAUGGCACAGCGCUGCUCGCUCACCCUCAGAGCAUGGUGUUCUGGGACCUGUCCUGCCUGCACUAUGAUCUUUUCUGGGAAGAGCUGGGCUUUGCCAAAACCUGCAUGGCACAGAAUCUGCUCAGAGGUGGGGAUCUUUCCUUUUUAGAGAGUUAGUUUAGUACUUGGCAGGAACCUAAGCAGAGCUGCUCUAUAGAUGGGUAGAGGGACAGGGGCUACUGCUCUCUAGUCAGGAUGCAGUUCACACAAGGAUGUUCUAAGCCAUGCCAAUAUUAAUGUGAAUGAGCCAUCCCAGUGAUUUCAUGGUGCCAGGACUGAGCUGCACCUCCUUGGCAGGGGGCAGGAAAUGUCUUUCAGCUCCAGGUCAGGGUGUGAGGUAUGGGUCUGUGAUGUAAGGUGUUGCAUGUGAAAUCUUGACCUUGUACAUGUAGUU